AUGGCUCCAUAUAAAGCAUUGUAUGGACGGAAAUGUCGAUCUCCACUUUAUUGGGACGAGCUUGGUGAACGGAGGAUUUUAGGACCAGAUAUUGUGCAAGAUACCAUAGAUAAAGUUGCUUUAAUUCGACAAAGAUUGUCAGCAGCUCAGGACCGACAGAAAAGCUAUGCAGAUAUACGUCGAAGAAGCUUGGAAUUUGCAGAAGGUGACAAAGUGUUUCUUAGAGUGGCACCAAUGAAGGGAGUCACUAGAUUUGGCAAGAAAGGGAAGUUGAACCCUCGCUUCAUCGAACCGUUUGAAAUUCUGGAGAAAGUAGGUCCUGUGCCCUAUCGUAUAGCCUUACCUCCAGGACUUGCAAAUAUACAUAAUGUCUUUCGUGUCUCUAUGCUGAGAAAAUACAUUCCUGACCCUUCCCACGUAAUUCGAUAUGAACCUUUGCAGUUACAAGGAGAUUUGGCAUAUGAAGAGGUUCCGGUAAAAUUAUUAGAUCGCAAGGUCCAAGAGCUACGUACGAAAAGCAUUCCGCUAGUGAAAGUUUUGUGGAGGAAUCAUGAAAUCGAAGAAGUGUCGUGGGAAUUUAAAGAUGAGAUACGCAAGAAAUACACUUUUCUGUUUGCUAAGAACUAUUAG